AUGCAUGUCUUUAUUGGGAGAAGAUUGUUUAGAGUGAAACAGCUCAUGGAAGAAGCUGUAACCAGAAAGUUUGUCCAUGAGGAGAGCAGCAGUAUCAUGUCUCUUAGUGGAGCUGUGGAAGCUUGUCUUCUGCAUGGCCUCAAGAAACGUGCGCUAGGUCUCUUUAAGCUGAGCACCACUACUGCGCUGCUCCAGAAAGUUGCCAAGGGAUUUGAACCAGCGGCCCAUGUCAUGAAGACUUACAGUGAAAUAGAAAAUCUGCAUGAAGCAUCCAAAAAAUCAUCCAUUUCCCUCACUUUAGAUGGCAACAGAAAUCAGAGUGUAAAGAAACCAAGUGGUAUUUACAACCCCAAAUACUUGUGGAUCAGGAUUGCUCUGUUUGAGAAACAGCUGGCCAAGAUUUUAGACUAUCUUGUCAAAAACUGGAAUAAAUAUUAUGAGGAGUGGGCAUUAAUAGCUGAUGGUUGUGAUGGACCUAUUCUCUCCUCUCUCUUAGUUGGUCCCUGUGCCCUGGAAUAUACCAAGAUGAAAACCACUGACCAUCUGUGGACAGACCCGCCUGCAGAUGAGCUGGUGCAAAGACACAGGAUUCACAGUGGAGGGAAUCACCACAUCACCAGGCCAGACUCCCCAAAGAGGCCUGGACUGCAGAUCCGGAGACACACCAGUAGCAGCAGUGAGGAGAGCAUGAGGGGAGCUCCAGUGUCGGCCAAAGAAUAUGUAGAAUCUCUUCAUCAGAAUUCCAGGGUGCUUCUCCUGUAUGGAAAGAAUAAUGUCCAUGUUCAGCCAAAAGAAGAUGCACAGCCCUUGCCUGGCUACCUGUCUCUUCAUCAGUCUGCAGAUGGACUGACCGUCAAGUGGACACCCAAUCAACUGAUGGGUGGUGGACAGAACACUCAGGAAGACACGGAUAAAAGUUCCUCUCAUCAUUCUGCUAGCAACCAUAUUCAUAGACAUAAAUAUAAGCGUUUCCUCAAGAAAAGGGGUUCACAGGAUAUCUACUGGGACUAUGCCUUGGCCAUUCAUGUGGAUGAGAUAGUCUACCUUCACUGCCAUCAGCAGCCUGACAGUGGUGGCACCCUGGUCCUAGUGGGGCAAGAUGGUGUUCAGCACCCCCCUAUACAUUUCCCCAAAGGCGGUCAUCUGCUGGCCUUCCUGUCCUGCCUGGAGAAUGGCCUGCUGCCCCAUGGUCAGCUUGACCCUCCCCUAUGGUCACAAAGAGGUAAAGGUAGGUGUGGUGUUGAUGUCCACCCUAGUACUGUAGAGCCAUAA